AUGACCAUCAACGACAACGCAGAUUAUCCUCUCUAUGCUAAUAAAUCAACACAGGCAGACGUAAAAUUGAUGCCAGAUACAGAUUCUACCGAUGACGUGAGUUCAGUAUUGGAGGAAAUAUUACCCUCUUUCCACAUGCACAAUGAUGUCUUUUAUAAGACAAUUCUAGAUAAUAGCAACGAAAACGAGGAAGAUGAUGAUGCCAACUUGCCUGAAUAUACAUCAGAUGUAGAAACGAUGAUCGAAGGUAACGAUUCUAAUGAUCGAGAGAUAGGUGAUCCAAUAAACAACCCUAGUUUGAUCUUAUUGAAUAAUGUCGACAAGUUACCUAGAGUUAAUGUUAAUGUUAGCAUUAAGGUUGUUUUAACCAAGAAACAACCCCGAAUAGGGGAACUUCCCGAGAAGGAAAGUCCUUUAGUUGAAUAUGGUCCGGGUGAUAAAGUUACUGGGUAUGUUCUUGUCAAGUCUAACAAUAAAGAACCGGUGCGAUUUGAAUCAUUUCACGUGUCACUUGAAGGUGUUGUUAAAGUCCCAAAAAUACAGGCCGAUUCCACAAAAAAGAUUUUAAGUUAUCCGUUUUUGAUAAUGCAUGACUUGAACGCAUCUUAUCAUGAAGGUCAUAUACCAAUGACUGCAUAUGGCGAAGAUAGAGUUUUGCAAGCUGAUCCAACCGAUAAUUCAUUAAUUGGAUUUAAAAAUCGGACAAUUGUGCCAAAUCUAACGCAUAAGAAAUUCUUCACAUUUAGAUUGCCCUAUAAUUUGCUAGAUACGACAUGCCCUGAUAACAUCAGUGAGCAUUUGAAUUUGUUACCAAGUUAUGGAUUAGACGAAGAAAUAAGCAGGCUAAUCGAAGUCAAUAGAAAUGUCGAUCCGGCAUUGAAAUAUAGGAGAUUUGAAAAUUUACCAGAUAGCCCAAUUUUAGUCAAUGAUCUAGCACCCAAUGGCCAAUCAAUUUCUUAUUUUAUCAAAGUUCAGAUUGUCGGACGCACUAGUAUAGUCAAAAAAGUCAAAGCACAAAUUCCAAAAGACGUGAGUAGUCGAUAUUCAAUUUUCAAUGUUAAAAAAUGUUAUCUAAGAGUUAAGGCAAUUAGGGAAGGCCUUACUAAUAAUCUUAUCAAUGCAAUGAGCGAUGGAGCUAUAAUAAACAGCUAUAGAACAUGUGAGCAGAUAGCAUAUUUUGAGGAAUAUGUGAUCAAAUCACUUCAGCGGCUGAAAACGAGAGCACAGUUAAUAACUGCCGGUAUAAAAGAUAAAGUGAAACAAGACGAGUAUAUUGCUUCAUUGGAAUCCGAUGAAACAAAGAAAGCCAAACAUCUAAACAAAACCACCAAUCUCAACCAAAACAUCAUAAGGUGUAAUAAUCAUUAUUACCUAAAUCAUGAUAAAGUUGAAAUUUCCAAGGAUAUUUUUGGGAGAUCAGGUGGAAGUAUUUAUAUAAAGGCUUCCAUGCCAAGCGACAGCCAUAUAAAUUCCAUCAAGUCACAUUUGCUUCAUGGUAAAUCUGAAAACCGCCCCAUUAUGAACCGAAACUACAGUUUACCCUUGAGUCAUACAACUUCCAAUUCCACAUUAGCAUUGUCUAGUGUCAGGUCAUCACCAAAUUUCAAUGAAUUGGCUGAUCAAGAUGUGCAAUUUAUUGAGCUGGACUUACAGUAUCGGGGCAAGCUUGGUAGGUUUGAACUACCUUCAUCGAUAAAUAUAAACUCGGUUAUCAAGGCUGUGAAUGUUUCCUCAGUCAAUUGUAUACCAUUCAACAUCGAUGGUGAGUUUUUGAUGGAUGACCAACUACAUGCACAUGUAUUACCUAGCUUACGAGCCAACUUUAAGACAUAUGGGGAUGAGGUAGAUAUGCUGCGUGACCGGAAAGUUUUAGUUGGUAAAGAACUACGGAAUUCAAUUGAAGCAAUCAAAAAUUUGACAAUUGUGGAAACACCGGUUUCUAAAGUGGAAUUUUCACCCGAAGUUGUUGAUUUGACAAAGGAAUGGCGGUAUGAGGAGGAAACAAAGUGUUACAAGGCUUCAAUCCGAGUUCCCUUGGAACUAAACAGUAAACUAUUACGUCGAAGCUCAGUUCAUUUACUACCUACCUUUGAAAGUUGUUUGGUGAGUCAGUUUUAUUUAGUUUACUUCACCUUGAGUAUAAAGAAGUCCAAGAAGUACAUAACAUUCAAGUUCCCUAUCAAAGUUGUGUAA